AUGGCCACAAACAUGACGACAAUGACGGAUUUACCACCACUGCCGCAGUUCGAAUUAUACGAGGUGCCCAAUCUGAUACCGUGGUUCCCGGACUUCUACCUCUCGCUUGUCGCACCUGUCAUCGCAUACUGGAUUCUUUCCAUCUUCUUUCACAUUGUCGACAUCUACGACAUCUGGCCGCAGUACCGUCUACACACGCCCGCCGAGAUCACCUCGCGCAACCGCGCAUCUCGGUAUGAAGUGUGCCGCGAUGUGCUUAUUCAACAGGGUAUUCAAAUGGUGGUGGGAGUAAUACUGGGCGUCACCGAUCCCCCACAGUUGAUGGGAAGGGAGCAAUACGACGUCGCUCUCUGGGCCACGAGAGUCAGACUGGCGCAAAGAACCUUACCCGCCCUGUUGGGGGUUAUGGGUAUCAAUGCCGCUUCCGUGGCGAAGAACAUAGCGGGGUCCCAUCCUUUGCUCGCUGGUGCCCUUGCAGGCGGGCACUACCCCUUUCUCACCACUGAGCUCGCCGGGCCGGACGGCUCUGUUGUGCCCGCUUUCGCCACCUGGGAACUCCUAGUUGCCAAGGCCAUCUACUGGUUGGUCGUUCCCGCGAUACAAUUUGCCCUAGCGGUCGGCUUCCUUGACACCUGGCAAUACUUCCUCCACCGAUGGAUGCACAUGAACAAGUGGCUAUACGCCACCUUCCAUUCGCGACACCACCGACUCUACGUUCCUUACGCCUACGGAGCGCUCUACAACCAUCCAUUCGAAGGGUUCCUCCUGGACACCCUGGGCGCAGGCCUUGCGUACAAGCUCUCCUUCAUGACGGCGCGCCAGGGCAUCGUAUUCUUCACCGGCUCGACUAUGAAGACGGUUGACGACCACUGUGGCUAUUCAUUGCCCUGGGACCCGCUGCAGCACAUCUCGGGCAACAACGCCGCAUACCACGACAUCCACCACCAGAGCUGGGGUAUCAAGACUAACUUCUCUCAGCCGUUUUUCACCAUCUGGGAUCGCAUGUUGGGCACCAUGUGGGUAGGGGAAACGGCAUCAAAAUACGAAAGAUCCAGGAAAAACGCCGCAAACGCUGUCGAGGCAGAAGCAAAGAAACCAUCUGCCCAGGCUUCAUGA